CAGCCGGUCCAUUUAGUUGGAACCGUUGGCGGAGCAUCGGUUGUGUUCAGUUUCUCCAGUAGAUACGUCGGGGACGCCAGUUUGGUUUUUUCCUUCUGUUUUUUGCUCCGUUUUUUCUCGUCUCUAGUUGUGGGUUUCUUCUUCUUGUUUCCGUCCCGGCUGUUCGUCCGACGACAACACUUCAGUUCUCCUCUUCCUUUCAAAGUUCCACUAGCAAGCAGCAGGGUUUCCCGAUGAAUGGCAUGGACGUUCAGCAGCAACAGCCUGGUCAACAGAACGGCGGGGGAUUACACAAUUCCGUUCAGACGGGCACGUCGGCCGAGGACUCCAAGACCAACCUGAUCGUCAACUACUUGCCACAGACCAUGACCCAGGAGGAGAUCAGGUCACUGUUCUCCUCCAUAGGCGAGGUCGAGUCAUGCAAGCUGAUACGCGACAAGGUCACAGAACAAGGCACCUCGCCGCCCAUCCGUCAGAGCCUGGGUUACGGCUUCGUCAAUUACGUGAGGCCCGAGGACGCAGAGAAGGCGAUCAACACACUGAACGGACUUAGACUACAAAAUAAGACUAUUAAGGUGUCUUACGCCCGCCCUAGUAGUGAGGCUAUUAAGGGUGCCAAUCUGUACGUCAGCGGCUUGCCCAAGUCCAUGACCCAGCAGGAUUUGGAAGCUCUAUUUUCCCCGUACGGCCGCAUUAUCACGUCCCGCAUCCUGUGCGACAACAUCACCGGUCUGUCGAAGGGCGUUGGCUUCGUGCGGUUCGACCAGCGGGUGGAGGCUGAGCGAGCCAUCAAGCACCUGCACAACACCAUCCCGGAGGGCGCCUCGGAACCCAUCACCGUCAAGUUCGCGAACAACCCGAGCAACAACGCAAAGGCCAUUGCCCCACUGGCAGCCUACUUGUCGCCUCAGCGCCGAUUCCCGGGGCCCAUACACCACCCGGCCAACCGCUUCAGCAGGUAUUCCCCCCUGGCGGGCGACUUGCUGGCCAACCCCUUGUUGGCGGGCAACGCCAUGAACGGCUCCGGCUGGUGUAUCUUCGUGUACAACCUGGCCCCGGAUACCGAGGAAAACCUCCUGUGGCAGCUGUUCGGACCUUUCGGUGCCGUGCAGAGUGUGAAGGUGAUUCGCGACCUGCAGACCAACAAGUGCAAGGGUUUCGGCUUCGUCACCAUGACCAACUACGACGAGGCCCUGGUCGCCAUCCAAAGCCUCAACGGGUAUACGCUCGGAAACCGCGUGCUCCAAGUCUCCUUCAAGACCAACAAGUGCAAGUCGUAAAGGAUUCAACAGGAGCCUUCUUUUAAAAGGUCUUUUCUUUUAAACGAACCCCGGGAGGCGUCCUCUUUUUUCGCUAGUCACAUAUUUGCACAUAAGCCUGUGUGGAUUUAUGUUUGCGUGAUCCUUCUAGUCUGCGUUUAUUGCUCAUCUAUUUAUUGCUAUUUAUAUCGCCCCUAUUUAUUGACUGUGUAGCAAAGUAACUACGCGACGACGUCCGGUGGAUCUCAGGUGUUUAAGGCACCGCGUCUUCUUUAUGUUGUCCCAUUUUGUGUUGAUCAUGUAUUAAUCCCGGGGUUGGCCGAGGUGCUUGCAUGGGCGGGUUGCACACACACACAAACAUACAAACAUCUUUUUUUUUUCUUUCGAUACCUUCAAACUAUUUAUUAGGAUAUAGCUGGACUUAAGAAACUAAAAGUGCAAUAUAUAUAUUUGGGGGUUGUGAGGCUCAUUCCAACCAACCGUUGUGAUACGCAAUACAUUCCCGUCACUGCAUUCCCCUCAGUUUACGGCUCGGAGGACGAUAUGUCAUUCUUAUUGUGCGUCUCGGUGUUCGACAUUCCAAUUUUCCUAUAUUUAUUGUGGUUGUCGUCUCUAUAAAGAGGUACUCAUCAUUUUUGGGCUCCCGCAGAAUUCCAAAGGUGCUUUUUUCGACGGAGCACGCCAUUAUCUUCAGCUCACUAAUAGAACUGCGACCGUCAUUAUGAUAGACCCUUUUAUCUCAUAGGGUGAGCUCAGAGUACUUAGUAUUUAAUCUCUCUAUCUCUCUAUCUCUAGUGGAAGUUUCUUUCUUAUCGUUGUUCUUGGGUGUGUAUUCAUUAUCUGUUCGUACUACUUAGGCCAAACACUUUGCUUCUAAAUGUUUAGUGGUAGUUAGUUGAUCGCUGGGUUUUUCAGUUUUAAGUCGGCGGAGAAAUUCAUUCAUGCUCGAUUGGUCGAUGGAAUAAACGCACAGGAACCGAAGGGCAAGUCAGCGAAUAAUAAAACGACAAAUUUUGGAACUGUUAUAACCCCGGCAUAGUUCUUGACUGUACUGCAAUAUUUGUACUUUUCCAUGUUAAUAAAUUUCCAAUCUCUUGGA